AUGGAUAGAAGUUCAAAGAGAUUAUACAGACAAAGAGGAUCUCAUCUAAGAAGAACUGUUGACUUGGAUAAUGUUGUCGUGAUCAGAACACCAUUACGUACAGCGUCAAUUUCUGAUAGUCAUACUAACAUUGAUCAUAUUGAUAAUUUUAAUGAUAGAAGUACUGGAUUUUUUGGAUUAAAUAACACUUUUCAUCAUGAUGAUGUUGUUGAUGAUGAUAAUGUUAAUGAUAAGAAUAAGAAUAAGACAGCAGAUGACUUUAAACAUAGAAUGCAAAUAAAUACAACAGUUGAACCCAACUAUAAUCAAAUUCAUUCAUAUGAUGGUAAAAAUAUUAAUUGGAAAAAUAUACCUGUAUCGAAAAUUUCUCUGAUAUCCAUUAAUGUUUUACAAUCAAUAUUCAAUCAUGUUAUCAAAAAUAUUUUAAUUUUCAAGGCAAAUAAUGACUUGAAAAAUAUUCAUAACAAUAAUAUUCAAUCUUUAAUGUAUUCGAUCGACCUAAAAAUUUUUUAUGAUUUGUUAAAUUCAAUUAAUAAAGAUUUUAAUGAUAUUAAAGAUAUAAAUAUCGCUAAUAAUGAAUUAUAUCAUCAAUUACAAAGAUUGAAACGGGUAAAAAGAAAAUUGACAUUGCAAUUGAUCAACACAAAACAAGAAUGUAACAAUCUUAAACAAAUUUCACACCACGACCACUAUCAUAAUAAUAUUAAAGAUAACACACAAUCUAAAUUAAAUAAUAAAUUAGUAUUGAAUCAAAAUCUGAAUAAGUUAACUAGAAUAUUGGCUAAAAAAGAGUUACCUUCUGGGUUACUGAUACCAAAAGAUAAUUUGAAAAAUCAAAACAUUUUGUUAUCGCUUCAGAUUAAUGAUAAUAAUUUAUUGAAGAUAAAUAAACUAUGUCAGUUGUUAGAUCCUUAUAACGGGACAUUAUCCAAAAUUAAGGAAAUGAAUAGAAGGUUAUCUAGAUUGCCUAAAUCGGCAAGGAAAUCGAAGCAGUCUAAAAGUUGA